ACCAACUUAUUCCUCCCGCAUUUGCUAAAGGACUUGCUCCGUAAAAACCUGUCAGAUGUAGCCUUUGACCUCGCCUCCGCUUACCAGCACCUGCCCUACUUCCAGCACAUUCUUGAAUUGCUACUUCAUCAGGUUCUCGAAGAAGAGGCGACUUCCAAAUAUCCUAUUCCAGAUCCUCUCCUGCCCCAAGUGACGGCUUUUAUCGAGCAAUUUCCGCACUUUCUCGACGUGGUUGUACAAUGUACCCGCAAGACUGAGGUUACAUGGUGGCGUCACCUUUUCUGCGCUCUUGGAAGACGACCAAAGGAUAUCUUUGACCAUGCCAUCUCCCUGGAGCAGUUGGCCACUGCGGCUUCCUGCUUGGUCAUUCUACAGAACUCGGAAACACAGGCCACUUGCAAACAGGUAAAAAUUAACAUUUUUCCUUGCCAUUUUGCUACAAGUGAGUCCGCCUUUGGCAAUGUUGACCUUUUUACGUACAUACUCAUCGAACCAUAA